AUGAAUUAGAAAUAAUCUGAUUUAUUAUCUGUAACACCAAGAGUUUUAUCUAGUCGUUGUAGUUAAGCUAGUAUUUUAUUUUUAUGAAAUUUAGAUGAAUAAUUAAUUGAGGAGACUUCUCGAAAACCUUCAAUUUUAUUUACAAAAUUAGAGAAAGUUCAAAUAUCCCAUGAACCUAGUGAUAGUGUAUAAUCAAAUGAAUCUUAAGAAAUACCUGAAAAAUUUGUUUAAGGUUUUAAGAAUCAAGUCUGGAAAGAAAGAGCUUUGAAUGUUAUUGUUUUAGUAGCUAGAUUUGUUACUUAUUUAUUAACUAAUUCAGAUAAAUUUAAACUUAGAUACUUAGAAUUAAGACAAUUCAAAGUUAUUGGUGAUUAAGCAUCUGAUUAUAAUUAUUAUUUGACAAGAAGAUUAAUUAGAGCUAAAUCGAAAUAGCAUUUUUGUGUAUGUAUGGCUUUUUAUUUUAUGAGUUUCAUUUUAAGAUUGUCUUUAAGAAGAUCACAAGCUUUUUUCGUCAACUUGGAAUCAAUAUAUCCCCUAUUACUCCUAAUCAUACCUUAAAGUUACUUUGGGAUCUAUUCGUGUUUACUAUUUUAAUAAUCAACAUUAUAUACAUCCCAUUAAAAAUUUCAUUUGAAAUUUAAGAAUAAAAUGGUGGUAUAGAUUUUUUCUUAGAAACUUUACCUUAAUAUGUAUUUAUUUGUGAGAUUUUAUUGAAUUUUAAUGUUGCUUAUUAUAGCAGAGGAGUUUUAGUAUUGAAUUAACUUUAGAUUAUAAAACAUUAUUUAAAAGGGAAAUUUAUAACUGAUUUUAUAGUUUUAAUUCCAUUUCUGAUAGGAAGAUCAAAUGUUCCAUACAUAGAAUUCGUUUUAUUAUUUAGAGUUUCAAGAGUAACUUCUAAAAUUAUAUAAAAUUAUAGAUUAUGUUCAUUUACGAAAAUUUGGUUGAAACAUUAAAUUUACGUGUUAAUUUUGCUGCCACUAUUGAUUUAAUUUCUUUACUUGCUACUUUUUUGUUUGCAUCCCAUCUAAUUGCUUGUGUUUGGCAUUUUAUAGCAAUUUAAGAACAUCUUUAUAAAGAUACUAUAUAUACUUGGGCAGACAAAGCUUAAUUGGACUCUGAUUGGAUUAGUAGAUAUAUUACUUCAUUUUAUUGGGCUUGUAUAACAACUUUAACAAUUGGUUAUGGAGACAUAACCCCAGUAAUAUAUAUGAUUAUUUAAUAGGUAACGCAAAUAGAAAAAUUAUUUGUAAUUUUUGUUACACUUUUAAGUUCAAUAAUAUUUGGUUAUACAAUCUCUAGUAUUGGAGCAAUAUUUACAUAAAUCUCUGAAAAUAAAAAUUAUCUUAGAGAUAAAAUGACUAUGAUUGAUUCAUUUAUUAAAAGAAGAGGUUUAAAUAAAGAACUCUAAGUUAGAGUUAAGAAAUUUUUUGAAUACUAUUUAAAAACAUAAAAAAAUACAGAUUUUGAAUGUGAAAAAUUAAUGGAACAUCUUUCAGGUACAUUAAUAAGAGAAGUCAAAAUUGAUUUUUACAAAUCAUUAUUUUUUCAAUCAAAAUUAUUUAGAUAAAACUUUUCAGAUGAAUUUAUUUCAAAUCUUUGUCUUUUAGUUAAAGAAUAAAGUUUUGUACCUGAAGAAAUUAUAUUUUAAGAAGGUUAAUAAGUAGAUCGAAUGUAUUUUAUACUCAAAGGUGAAGUUGAAGCAAAUGUUAGACAUAAUAAAUUAGUUAAGAUAUAUAAAAGAAGGCAAGCUAUAGAUGAGAAAGGAUUUAUUUCUUAAAAUUGUGCUUAAUUUACAUCCAGAGCAGUUAAAUUCUCAAAAUUGGCUUAUGUUACUUUUGAAGAUGUUCUUAGUUUACUUUAAUUAAAUAAAGAAGAUCUAGAAAAAUAUUAUAGGAUUAAACACUAAAUAUAAUUUGGAGGUAGAAUUAAAUUUAGUGGAUGUGAACUUUGUUAUUAAAAUCACAUAUUUACUAAAUGUCCAUUUGUAUUUUAUACACCCAAUAAUAUGAGAUUAUUCAGAAAAAAAAAUAGUCAAUAAGGUCGAUUAUUUACAUAAAGAAAAAUAUCUUAAAAAUUAUUUACUCAUAAAUCAAUGAUUAAUUUAAGAUUAUUAUAAAAAGAUAUCAUUAAAUAUGGAAACUCAACUUUUUUAUAUUCAGAUCUUUUACCUGAUUGUGAUUUCUUUUAAAUCAAUAAAAAUGACGAACUGAAUUUUGAUGUUGAUGGUUCAUCAUAAGUAGAAGAAUCCUUAAAUUCACCUGAUAAUCAAGAUACAUAAUUUAAAUAACAGCUUUCAUCAUAAUCUUAUUAAGCUAAUAUGGCUUAAUCUAUACAAAGAAAUUUAAAUAGAAUUUAUUAAGAACCAGGAAUUUCUAAUGUACGUUUAAAGAUUACAAGAGGAACUCAAAAAUAAACUGUUAAUGCAUCUAGCUAAAAAAUCUUGAAUGUUGUGGAAAAUCAGAAGGAAAUUAAUCAAGAUAGUAAACUAAUUAUCAGUAGAUAAAGUAGCAAAUAAUUAUAUGAAUUGCAGUCAAAAUCAAACAGAGAAAUAAUUCUUGAACCUUCUUAAAUUAAAUUAAUUGAAUUAGAAAUUGUGAAGAAUAUUUUUGAAAAACAUGAACAUUAAAUUGAUUCAUAAAAAGAAUUUGAAUUUUAUGAUAUAUAAUUCAAUUUAAGCAAUAUUAUCAAAGAUUUAUUCACAAUAAAGAGAAAAAAAAUGAUGUUUUAGAUUAAUAGAAAAAGAUAAAAAAAAUAAUUAUUUUGUGUCUUAAAUAAAAAAGAUUUAAUUUAAAAUGCUUUAAACAAUAGCUAUUGUAAUUUAGAUACAUGA